UUUCUUACACCAAAGUCUGAUGGUAAUUUUCUUAAUAUCUUUACUCUUCUUUUUUUUGAUCAUCAGCAUUCAUAUUUCUCCCUUAAUAUUUAAUUAGUAUUCUAAUAUAUACAUAGUUAUAUGCAUAACUCUUUUCAUAUAAAAUGUAGCAAUAUCUAUGGAUGCAAAAAACAAAGUGGCUUAAUGCAUUGUACCUGUAUAUAAAUUUGGGGAACGCCAAUGUGGAAAAAAAGAAAAAUUGCUUCCACCAACUUCUAUUUGAAAUAGGAGAAAUACUGAUUUAGUAAUUGACUACGUCUGGAAAACGUAAAGAGCUAUUCAAUAUUUUUUAUUAAUAUAUUGAGAGAGUUAUUGUUAUAGAAUCCAAUUGAAUAUUUUGAAUUAGUUUUGUUUGUGUUUCACUUGUUACUUGUGAAUCCUUAUCUUAGUCUUUUUUGAUCCCCUUACGCCUACAGAUAAAGAAAACAUCAUCAGUAUACCAUGGCGCCACCAUCAGCAUCAUCUGUAGCACUUACACCACUACAACAAUUACAAAAGUUAGCAUUUACUCAACAGUUCUAUUGGUUCUUAGGACAUGUGUUUGCCUUAUUAUUUUUUGCUUUCAACUUUGUAACUUCAUUCUUUUCAACAAGAUUAGCAUUGAAAUAUUAUAGAUUUGCUUUAUUGUCCAUCUUAGUAACUUAUGUGAUUGUUAUUAAACAAAUCUUUUUCAGAAACAAUAAAUUGCAAAUCAGAUCCGUCGGAAGAUUCGUUGGAGAUGACAAUGUACAAUAUUUUGGAUUAGCAUUUGUAUUAUAUUUAUCAAGCUUUAAAAUCGGAAUUGUGUCCGGAAGUCUUUAUUCAUUUAUAAUCUUUUCAGUGUUCCAUGCUUUGACAUAUUUCCAAAACAAUUUGUUAAAAGUCAGUGUAUCCAGUGCUCAAACUCAACAAUAUUUAAACUCAGCUAUAAAUCAAUUCACCUUGAAUUAUAAUCAACAAGCUUUAAUAUUAGCUGCUAAUGCAGAAGUCAUUUUAUUAGUAAUGUCAGUUUUCCAAAUUAUACCAACAAUAUUCUUUAAUUUGAUACUUCAAAGAGAUUUAUUUUUCUUCUUAGUUAAAUUGUUUACUGUUGCUUAUAUCACAGUUUUUAUUAAAUUGAGAUUUGAUUCAAAUCAAUAUACAAAGACUGUCAUUCAACAAUAUGACUCAAGAGCAAACGAAUACUUGGUUAGAAUCCCUCAAUUGAGUCAAAUCUAUAACGGAUGGUUUAAGGGUCAAUUUAUUCCAAAAUACAUUCAUCCGAUUAAGAUUCCAGUUUCCAAGGAACCUGCUAAGAAGAAUUGAUCAGCUGAAAGUAACUUGUCUGAGACAUCAACCUAUUUCUGACAAUCCUACUCAAAGCAACUCAUUGCAAUUUUUAUAUCUCUCUUACUAUUAUUAUUUGCGUAUGUAUCUUUACUCCUAGUUCAAUUUCUGUCUUUUUAUUAUCAGUACUUAAUAUAUAUCAAUAUAUAAAUG